CUCCACGAGUGGCUAAGAGGCGCGGCCGGAGGGGCGCCAAUGAGCUGGCGCGGCGGCGCGGGGUGCGUGCGCGGCGGGCGGCGGAGCGGAGCGGGCCGUGUGAGGCGCCCGGUGCCCUGGGCGGGCGAUGGGGGCCCGGGGCUGAGCCCCUGCGGCGGUAUUUUGUACACGUGGUGUAGGAAAAAUGAAUUCUACCAUGAGUGAGGAGCCUGACGCGCUGUCCGUAGUGAACCAGCUCCGAGAUCUAGCAGCGGACCCCUUGAACAGACGAGCCAUCGUUCAGGACCAAGGAUGUCUGCCAGGUCUCAUCCUGUUUUUGGACCAUCCCAGCCCUCCGGUUGUUCACUCAGCUCUCCUAGCUCUCCGCUAUUUGGCAGAGUGCCGUGCCAACAGAGAAAAGAUGAGAAGUGAAUUGGGUAUGAUGCUCAGCUUACAGAAUGUAAUACAAAAGACCACUACACCAGGAGAGACUAAACUUUUGGCUUCUGAAGUUUAUGACAUCCUUCAGUCGUCCAACACGUCAGACAUGGACAAUGUGAAUGAGAUGAAUUAUCGUCGACGGAAAGCACAGUUUUUCCUUGGCAGCACAAAUAAACGUGCCAAGACAGUGGUUUUACAUAUAGAUGGCCUUGAUGACUCGUCUCGAAGGAAUCUUUGUGAAGAAGCUUUGUUGAAAAUUAAAGGUGUUAUUAGUUUUACGUUUCAAAUGGCUGUUCAAAGAUGUGUGGUCCGAAUUCGCUCAGACUUAAAAGCAGAGGCUUUGGCAACAGCAAUUGCAUCAACCAAAGUUAUGAAGGCACAGCAAGUUGUAAAAAGUGAAAGUGGUGAAGAGAUGCUAGUUCCGUUCCAAGAUACUCCAGUGGAAGUAGAACAGAAUACAGAUCUACCUGAGUAUUUGCCAGAAGAUGAAAGCCCUACUAAGGAACAGGAUAAAGCAGUGUCUCGUGUUGGGUCACACCCAGAAGGUGCAGCAAGCUGGCUCAGCACAGCAGCAAACUUUCUAUCCAGAUCUUUCUACUGGUGACUUGUAUUUGGUGUUAAAAGACUGUGUGAACCAACAGGGGGGCCAGUUUUCCAUUGGUGUGGUGAACUGCCAAGUGCAAUUUGCAAUAAAUUAUCACAGAAAUUUUAGAUUACGCAAAUGUAUGCUGCAUUUUACAUUUUAUUGGACGUUUAGCCUGGUAGGGCAGGGGUCAGAGGACAGAGGCCUCCAAUCAAGUCGUUCUUUCAUUUGUUUUUCAUGUAGGUUUUAUUGCUUCACUUUUUAAAAUGGGUCCACUAUUACAUACCAAACAUUUAUGUGUAUAGAGCUUUAAGUUUGACUUCACAUGAAACACAUGAUAGGGAGAAUUCAUUUAACUCAAGUCUCAGGGCCUCUGUGAAUGAAAAUUCUUAAUAGCUCGAGAUGUACGUGAAAUAAAAUGCCCUUUUUAUUUCUGCAUCCCUUUCAACUAAUUUCAUUUAAUUCCUAGGUUUUGACUCCAGAUAAAAGAAUAGCCUGCCUCUCUUUUUGCCUUCAUUUUUGCCAACUGUGUUCACAGAAUGAGCAUGAUGUUCCCUUUUUUGCUAUUAAGCUAGAAUCACUACAGACUUGAAAUUUAUAACCCUUUUAUGUGUAUUAAAAUUGUUUCCAGUCUGACCUUAACCAUCGGAGUGCUUGACCUUAAGAAAUAAGGGGAUUGAAUAAACACAAAUAUGUGUACAUACGUUGUACAGUAAAUAAACUAGAACAUAUUUGUAAUGAUGGGUGUGACUGACUCAUGUAUAUAACUAACAAAUACCACUGACUGCUGUUCAGGCUAGUUGGGAAGACUGUAGCAAAAAAAGCUCUGGUCUAAGGUAGUGACAGCCCAUUGCAGCUCUGUCUGAAGAGAAUAGAGGAAUGUAAACUAUUUGAUUAAGAAAUGGUGUUCACUGUUAAGAAAUAUUUAAUGGUAACUGAAACUUUAUGAAUUUGAAGAGUAAAGCAGAACUGAAUGCCUCUUUUGCCACAGUGCCACUCAAAUUUAGGCUUUAAUCCUUUUUAUUUUUUUUUUUACCUAACAGAUCUGCUAAAUAAUUACUGUUCUCUCCUUAUGUCUUUCAUGAGAUUCCCAUGAAAGUAUGUGAGCUUGGACAGGCUUAAAAACGUGUUGGCUUUACCUUGUUACUUACAGACAGCAUAGGUUUAAAGAUGUCUUGAUAAUUUCUGUGACCAGAAGUGAUAAUAAAAGCAAAACUUCAGUAGGUAGAGAAUAGGAUGGACCUGAGCUGUUAGUUAACACUGUGUGCCUGAGAGUAUUCUACACACAGUGCUUGAAAACUGCAGUGCCACUGCUUUGUUGUACUAAAGGAAUACAGCUGAGGACUAUAAAUAACAUUAUAAACCUCAUUAUCUGAUGCUUUUUUUUGUGGUAACGUAUUUGCUGUAAUAUUAACAAGAGUUUUAAUGCAUCGAAGUUAAUUCCUGUGUGCCUUUGCACAAGGAAUAAAAGGAAAUUCACAGGCUGUCAUAAUACUACAGAAAAAUACUACAGAAAUGCAGAGGAAACGAUGAUGUAAAAUAAUAACACAGAUCAGAGUUCACCCACCCAAGUUAAUUGUCAUUCUAGGACAAAAAAGAAAGGAAAGCUUGUUGGCAGACUAAGUGUCUCAUGUUUUUUAAUAUAACUAGUUUAUUUUUGAUUCAGGUUUACACGCACAGAUUGAAAAUACAGGCUUUUCAGGGCAUGUAUUGCUUUAAAUAUGUAAUAUUACUCAUAUUGCUGUCUAGAAUGUUACAGUACCAAAUGUGUUUGAAAAGCCCUCUGUUCUAUAGCCAUGAAUGCAGAGUUUGUUCUUUUCUGCGUUAACAUCUGUUUGCAUUUGCAUUGCUGCACAUCUAUUUACUAAAAGACUACACCCUUUGGACAUUAAUGGUUCAAUACCAGUAGGUAUUACAGUUUGUUUGUGCAUUCGGUCUGUAGGUGUGCUUUUAUGACAGUAUUGCAGCUCUUGUAGAACAGUUUAAGGCAUCUGUAAAAGUUUUUGAAAUAUAUUGUAAAAUAAUAAAGGAUAAUAUAACUAAA